ACUUGCAGGAUGAAGCUGCUGACAUGAACCCAUCUACAGCACUACAACUCUGGUCUAGGAUUCCUUGGAAAUCCGGAGGAUCAAGUGACAAAAGACGCCGGCUUUCUUCAUCCGAGUCCACUGAUGAUAUUGUGAAUAAGAUGAGGACUAUUACAGAACAAAUUAAUUGCAUUGAUUCAGAGAUGAGGUUUGAAAUUAAGCUGGAUGCUUUGAAGGGCGGUUAUAAUUUAUGCGGGCAACAUCAAGUAGCAGAAAACAAACGUGUCACCACAUCAUCACCAACUGAAAGCAAGAUAUAUGGCCGGGAUUAUGAAUUCAGUCAGUUGAUUCAAUUGCUCCUCAAAGAGCCAAAUGUCAGUGGCAAUGUUUCCGUUAUACCAAUAGUUGGGAUGGGUGGUAUCGGUAAAACCACUCUAGCUCAGUUUGCCUUCAACAACAUAGAAAUAGCAAAUCAUUUUGAGAAGAAAGCAUGGAUAUGUGUGUCGGAUUUCUUUGAUAGAUUCAGAAUCACCAAAGAAAUAUUAGAUUCACUCAUUGAUGAAGGUAGCAGCUCAAUCGUCACCACCAGCUGUGAUGUUCUUGAGAGGGAAAUCAAAAGGCUGGUAACAGGGAAGAAAUUUUUAUUGGUGCUAGAUGAUGUUUGGUCCAAUGAAUGGCGAGAACUCCUUAACUUUCUCCGAUUUGCACCAGCAGAGGUUAUUAAACUCGUUCUGACUUGCAGGGAUCCUAAAAUCUCAGGAGUUCUAGCUGAUAGGCAGAAUCAAAUUACUUUGAAAGGCCUAUCUGCUGAAGACUAUUGGUUGUUUUUCAUGAAAUGUGCCUUUGCGGAUGAGAAUCCUGACAAUUAUCUGCCACAACUACGUGAUAUAGGAAAGCAGAUAGUGGGAAAGCUCAAAGGGUCACCCUUAGCAGCAAAGACAGUUGGAAAACUUUUAGGAAUCAGUUUAACUGAAGGGCAUUGGAAGGACAUAUUGGGAACUGAUUUAUGGAAUUUAGAAACUGAUGCACAUGGUAUUACGUCUGCGCUUGCCUUGAGUUACUAUCAUCUAUGCCAGCCUCUUCAGUUAUGCUUUACCUUUUGUUCGGUGUUUCCUAAAGAUUUUGUUUAUGAUAUGCACAAUAUUAUUGACAUGUGGAUAGCCCAUGGUUAUAUACAAGAAAUUGAAGGUGGUUCAAAGACAUUGGAAGAUAUAGGAGAAGAUUAUUGGCACGAACUAAUUGCAAGGGGUUUCUUUGAACAGGGGAGUUAUAGAAGUUUCAAAAUGCAUGACUUAUUGCAUGAUUUGGCUCUAUCAGUUUCUCAUGGGAAAACAUAUAUUUAUAAGGGUCAAAAAGAUGAAGAAAUUCCAAAAGAUGUUUGCCAUUUAUGUGUGCAUAGUUUUUGUGAUCUUGAGUUGGUGUGCAAAACUAGUAACUUGCGCACACUUGUGUUAUAUGGAGCUAGUGACAUACAUGCCAUCCUCAACCACAAAGCAUUUAAAAGAAUUCGAGUGCUGGUCAUCUUUAGCACUAAUGUGCAAGAACUCCCAGAUGAUGUUGCUCAUCUCAAGCACUUGCAAUAUUUGGAUUUGGAGAAAAUCAACAUCAUAUCAAUACCGGAAUCAUUAUGCAGGCUUUAUCUGUUGAGAGUAUUGAAAUUAUUGUGUUCACCACCUAGAUUGCCCAGUCAAUUUCAAAGACUAGAAGCAGUAAGGUUGGAUGGAUGCAGAAACUGGGCCCGUCUACCUGCAGCAAUAGGGUUGUUACCCUCCCUUAAAAAACUGACAUUAAAAAAAAUUGAGAACAUGACAAUUGAGGGUGAUGAUUCCGUGACUGAGAUAUAUCCAUCCCUGCAGUCCGUUGACUCGGAGCAAGCAACACUAUCUUUUGAAGGCACGUCAGCAACAACAGCAGCAACAAUAGCAUCAUCAUCAUCAUCAUCUCUAACAACAACAUGGCAUUGCAAGUGGUUUCCUCGUCUGGAGAAUCUGCAUGUGUACAAAUGUGACAGAGUGAGUGGAUUUCCCUGGCCCAUGCUUGCAGCACUGGACAAACUCGAAACACUUAAUAUAGAAGGGUUAAAGAUUGAAACCAGUGAUAUUGAGGCACAACAGCACCAAUACCUCCUUCCAAAUAUGAGAGACAUUCAAAUACGAUGUUGCCAAAAUAUGGCAUUUCUGAGGGCUGUACUGCUUGGCGUUUCUUCACUGGAGAGUUUGUUUAUUGGCAAUUGUACUUCAGUAAGGCUUCCCGCGCUUGGGCACUUGUCUUCCCUUGGGUCUAUCUCAUUACAACGUGUGGAGGUAACAGUGGAUGACAUCACUCCAGUGUUUUUAUCUCUUCAUACUUUGAAAUUGGAGCAAGCAUCAAUGAUCUUUCAGAACAUAUCAUUAGUGGAUGACAUCACUCCAGUGUUUCAAUCUCUUCAUACUUUGGAAUUGAGGAAAGCAUCAAUGAUCUUUGAGAACAUAUCAUCAUCGCCAUCUUCAUCAUCAUCGGUAAUGACACAAAAUCACAACCACUUUCCCAAGCUUACCAGCCUUACACUUUAUCAGAGUAAAGUGAAUGGAUUGCAUUUGUUUUCAGCACUAGAGCACCUAAAAAUUAUUUAUGGCCAUGUGCUGGACGGACUCCCGCUGCCAAACCUACAGUAUAUGAGAAUACAGUUUUGCGAAGAUAUGGAAACUCUGCCUGUUUGGUUGCCUCGUCUUCCUUUAUUGAACCACUUGUACAUUGGUGGGUGUUCCAAAUUCAGAUCCUGGGGUACGGAGGAGGAGAUAAAAGAGGACGGACUCUCUCUGCCAAACCUACAGAUUAUGGAAAUACAUUCUUGCAAAAAUCUGGAAACUUUGCCUGCUUGGUUGCCUCAUCUUCUUUUAUUGAAAAAAUUGAUCAUUUCAAGCUGUCCAAAAUUCAGAUGCUGGGAUACGGAGGAGGAGAUAAUAGAGGACAAACUCCCGCUGCCAAACCUACAGUAUAUGAGAAUAGAGUUAUGCAAAGAUCUGGAAACUCUACCUGUUUGGUUGCCUCGUCUUCCUUUAUUGAAUGAAUUGACAAUUAGAAUGUGUCCCAAAUUCAAAUCUUGGGGUAUAGAGGAGGAGAUAAUAGAGAACGGACUCCUGCUACCAAACCUACGUGAACUGGAUGUAGAUUCUUGUGAAGAUCUGUAACGCUGCCUGCUUGGUUGCCUCGUCUUCCCUUAUUGAAGGAACUGUCCAUUACAAAGUGUCCCAAAUUCAGAUCUUUGGGUCCAAAAGUCCAUUCACUGCAGAGGGACGGCCUUCCUUCCUCACUUGAAGCGUUGGACUUGAUAGAAUGUGACCUAAGCUUGAUGGAACGGUGCCAACAAGAGGGGUCUCUUGAAUGGCAAAUGAUUCAGCACAUCCCGCAUCGACAUUAUACUUGGUGAAAAUAUCUGACAGCUAUGAAUCCAUGCUUCCUUCGCUUGUCACGCUGUUUUUUUAUUCAUUUGAAUUGUUUAUAAUAUUACCUCCAAUUUCACUUGACCAAUCUAAAGUUAUGUCAGGGAAAAAAUCCAGCUUUUUUUUUUCUAUCAACUUCAGCUCAACCGUUCCAUGUUGGAAGCUCUUCAGAUUAAUUGUGAUUGCUGAUGGCAGAAUAUGAAGAAACCUCUCACAUAUUUCUCUAUGACAGUGAUACUAUACAAGGUUCCGAAGAACGCCCUCGCCGCCGUCGCCGCCGCCGCCACCUCGGAGCCACCGGAAUUGCUGAACCUCCUUGGAGCCGUUGCCGCCGCCGCUUAAGACUUAUCACCCCUUCUCAGUUGCACUUGAAAGCCAUUGUUUUCAGAAUUUGUAGGCUGGUUUAGCACACCAUUCCUCUCUAUAAAUAUGUGAAGCUCUCAUUCUCAUUCUUG